UACUCUUUCUCCUCAUCCUCUCCCUAGCUCCUUCUCUACUCAUAUUUCUCUUGGUUCUUACCAGCAACAACAAUGGUAAUAAAGCCACCAACAAAAGAGAACAUAGUGAUGUUCCCAUUCAUGGCGCAAGGCCAUAUAAUCCCUUUCCUAGCUUUAGCCCUUCGCAUCGAAAAAACAAACAAAUACACCAUAACUUUUGUUAACACCCCUUCAAACAUCAAGAACCUCAGAUCAUCUCUCCCUUCAAACUCCUCCAUUCAUCUCCUCGAAAUCCCUUUUAAUAGCUCAGAUCAUGAGCUCCCUCCUCACACUGAGAACACCGACUCAGUUCCCUAUGAUCUUGUUCCCAAGCUCUUUGAAGCUUCUUUAUCUUUCAAACCCCAUUUCCGAAACCUCAUCUCCAAGCUUUUCCAGGAUGAAAAUGAGCAUAAACGUCCGCUUUGUAUCAUCUCAAGCAUGUUCUUUGGAUGCUGUGCGGAGAUCGCUCAUGAGUUUGGCUUGUUUCAUGCUAUAUUUGUUGCAGGUGGUGGCUUUGGCUUUGCUUGUUACUACUCUUUGUGGCUAAACCUUCCACAUAGCAACUCAGAUUCUGAUGAAUUUGAGUUGCCUGAUUUUCCUGAAGCUUCUACUCUUCAUGUUACUCAGAUGUCAGAUACUUUAAGAGCUGCUGAUGGGAGUGAUUCUUUUUCAGUUUUUGUGAAGAAAGUGUUUCCUCUUUGGGUCAAAGCUGAUGCAAUUUUGGUUAACACAGUUGAGGAAUUUGACAAGACAGGAUUAAACUAUUUCAGGAGAAAAAUCGGCCGACCGGUUUGGCCUGUUGGGCCUGUUCUUUUCUCUUCAGGAAACAAAGCUCGAGCUGGUAAAGAGUUUGGUCUAUCACAAGAGAUUUGCAAAAAUUGGCUUGAUAAAAAACCUUCUUGUUCAGUUCUCUAUGUGUCAUUUGGGUCACAGAACACCAUAUCUUCAUCACAAAUGAUGCAAUUGGCAAUGGCUUUAGAAGCUUGUGGCAAGAAUUUUAUAUGGGUUGUGAGGCCACCAAUUGGCUUUGACAUAAACUCAGAAUUUAAAGCCAAUGAAUGGUUGCCUGAAGGAUUUGAAGAAAGGAUCAGAGACUCAGGACGUGGACUAGUAGUUCAUACAUGGGCACCCCAGGUGGAGAUUUUAUCUCACGAAUCUUUAUCUGCAUUUUUGAGUCAUUGUGGAUGGAACUCUGUGCUUGAAUCACUGAGCGGUGGAGUGCCGAUGAUUGGGUGGCCAAUGGCGGCAGAGCAGUUCUAUAAUGUGAAGUUGUUGGAAGAGAAGAUUGGAGUAUGUGUGGAGGUUGCUAGAGGGAAGAACUGUGAGAUUUUUCGUGAGGAAAUAGUGGCGAAAAUUGAGUUGGUGAUGAAUGAGAGUGAGAAAGGAAAGGAAAUGAGAAAGAAAGCUUGGGAAAUUAAGGAGAUUAUUAACAAUGCAACCAAAGAUGAGGAAAAUUUUAAAGGGUCGUCUAUGGAAGCCAUGGAUCAAUUCUUGAAUGCUGCAUCGAAGCUAAGGGGAGAAGACAAAGGGGAAAUCCAUGGAGCUCCUCUGUCAGUUCAUGAAGAAAAAUCUUGCAUUUGUAUUAAUUAAAUAACGUCAAAGAAAGUAAUACUGUCUCUAAUCAACUGUACUUUGUAAGAUCCCUAUUACUAUGAUUAAGAGUGAGCUUGCCCAAGAUUAUAAUUAA